CCCUUUAGCUCGCCGCCAUUUUGAGCAGCGGACUCUGAGGAGCAGCAACGGCAGCCGGCGCGCCUCUCUUUCUCCGCCUUCCCCAUCACCAUCAUGUCGCGGGAUCGGUUCCGUAGCCGUGGAGGCGGCGGCGGGGGCUUCCAUCGGCGCGGCGGCGGCGGUGGCCGCGGCGGCCCCAACCACGAUUUCCGCUCUCCGCCGCCCGGCAUGGGCAUGGGCCAGAACCGCGGGCCUAUGGGGGGCGGCCCGCAGGGCCCCGGCGGCCCGCCGGGCGGAGGCCCGAAGUCUGAACCGCCCAAGCCUCCGGCGUCGACCUCCGCUCCGCCGUCCUCGUCCUCUUCGUCCUCCGCCACCACGGCGGGCCCCGCCGGCAGCCAGUCCGGCCCCGGGGCGCCUCCUCCGUCCGCCCUGCCCGCGGGGCAGCCGCCGCAGCAGCAGGCCCAGGGCUCCGCGCCUUCCUCCGCGCCCUCCGGCCCCGGGGGGCAGCAGCAGCCGCAGCCCAAGCCGAGCCCCAGCCCCACCCCGGCCGGCGGCCCUAAGAAAGGACAAGGACAGUCGCCCGGCGGCGGGCCCAAGGGGCCAGGCGGGCCGCAGCAGGGGCCGGGCGGGCCUCACAAGGGCGGGCCGGGCCACCGCGGCGGGCCGGGCGGGGAGCCGAGGGGCCGGGGGCAGCAGCACCAGGGACAGCAGAGCCUCUCCUCGCAGCAGGGCCCGGCCGGCGGCGACAAGCUUUCGGACGAGGGCUUUAAGGCAAACCUCUCCCUGCUGAGGAGGCCCGGGGAGAAGACUUACACUCAGAGGUGCCGUUUGUUUGUUGGGAAUUUGCCCGCCGAUAUAACGGAUGAAGACUUUAAAAGGUUGUUUGCCAAAUACGGGGAGCCGGGAGAGGUUUUUAUCAACAAAGGAAAAGGCUUUGGCUUCAUUAAGUUGGAAUCUAGAGCUCUGGCAGAAAUCGCCAAGGCAGAACUGGACGACACCCCCAUGCGGGGCCGGCAGCUCCGCGUUCGCUUUGCCACGCACGCCGCCGCGCUGUCAGUGCGUAACCUUUCUCCUUACGUGUCCAACGAGUUACUGGAGGAAGCUUUCUCCCAGUUCGGUCCGGUGGAGAGAGCUGUUGUGAUUGUAGAUGAUCGAGGUAGAUCAACGGGAAAAGGCAUUGUUGAAUUUGCGUCAAAGCCAGCUGCCAGAAAAGCGUUUGAACGGUGUACUGAGGGAGUGUUCUUGUUGACGACCACCCCUAGGCCAGUUAUUGUGGAACCGUUGGAGCAACUGGAUGAUGAAGAUGGUCUUCCAGAAAAGCUUGCUCAGAAGAACCCGAUGUACCAAAAGGAAAGAGAAACUCCUCCCCGUUUUGCUCAGCCUGGCAGUUUUGAGUUUGAAUAUUCCCAGAGAUGGAAAUCUUUAGAUGAAAUGGAAAAACAACAGAGAGAACAAGUGGCAAAAAACAUGAAAGAUGCCAAGGACAAACUCGAGAGUGAGAUGGAAGAUGCUUAUCACGAGCAUCAGGCAAACCUCUUGCGUCAAGACCUUAUGAGGCGUCAGGAGGAACUGAGACGUAUGGAAGAACUCCAUAAUCAGGAAAUGCAGAAACGCAAGGAAAUUCAGCUCAGGCAGGAGGAGGAGCGUCGCAGACGGGAGGAGGAGAUGAUGAUCCGUCAGCGAGAGAUGGAAGAACAGAUGAGAAGGCAGAGGGAAGAGAAUUACAGUAGAAUGGGUUAUAUGGAUCCCAGGGAGAGAGACAUGAGAAUGGGUGGUGCCACCACAAUGAACAUGGGAGAUCCUUAUGCUUCUGCAGCCCAGAAAUUUCCACCUCUUGGAGGUGGAGGCGGCAUAGGUUAUGAAGCUAAUCCAGGAGUUGGCCAAGCAGCCAUGAGUGGUUCUAUGAUGGGAAGUGACAUGGUGAAGAUGCGAGCUGAGUGAAACUGGGGUGCUCAUCCAUGAGAGAUUGCAGACCUGCUGUUGAUAAAAGCUGUGAUGAUUUUUCCAGUUCAGGAGCUGAGCAUGAGCACAUCCAGCGUGAUGUCCCGUGAUGUGAGUGGAGCAAGGGAACAAGGCAACAAGUAAGUAGAGAAUGCCCUUAGGCUGCUGAUCUGUUAGAGCAGCACAUCGCAAGGGGAUGUGUGGGGUAAUUCCUGCCUGAAGCUUCUGUGAUUGAUCUCAUUUUUAUAUAAAAGCAGUAUUUCUUUUGUAGAGCCAAAGUAUGACUGUUGGUUUAGGCUUUUCAGCCAUGCAGCAUCAUGCAAAACCGUUUUCUGAACGCUGCAGGUGGUCAGGGCAGGAAAUAAUCAUGCCUAAGAUUGAGGCUGAAGUGGAUGGGUUGGGAAUGGGGUGCAGUGAUUGUCAGCAAAGGAGGAGAGCAAUGAAGCAGAUAAUUAAGUGUUAAAGUUGCUACAAAAGCUGUGUUUUUGAAGUAGUUAAUGAACACUGAACUUAACGAGAAGGAGCAGGUAGUGGUUUAGGGAAAUAAAGUAACUUGUAGAGCUGGAAUUAAUGACAUCUUCCCUCUAAUUUGCUACUUAAACUACAAGGGGAGCUGCAGAUUUGUUUAAAUCUUGAGUGGAGAGCAACAUGCAAAGUUCUGUAACACGAGGGAGGGGUAAGUGACAACCCAGACGUGCUGCAGCUCACCCUGCAAGUCGUGAAGGUGAUGAGAUUCAAUCAGUGAACUGAUUGGAUCCAGUGUGACUUGUCACUGCUGCUCUUGUUUCUUGGGUAGUGAAGCACGAAGCCACUUCAGAUCUUUUAAGUUUGGAGUAGAGGACAAUGUGGAUGCUGUUCAUUUCAUCUCAAGCCUAACAAGAGACCUUAAGAUUCUAGAGGAAGUCUGUCAGGUGCAUGACCUUCCUUCGUGAUGCACUGAUUCCCUUUCUGUGUGGCUGCUUGUGAUUUCUGGUGGUGAUUUCUAUGUUCUGGCUAACGGCACGCUUUGUACUUGCAGAAGAAGAUGAAGCCCAAAUGCAGUGAAGAGGAGCCAGGAACGUUCUAGGAGUUUUUAAAAAUAAAGUAUUUGAAUUUUCUUAA